GACCACUACGACGUCGUCGUCAUCGGCGCCGGGCUGGCCGGGCUCACCUCGGCCAACAUCCUCGCCCGGCAGGGGCGCUCGGUCCUGCUCCUCGAGCAGCACUACAAGCUCGGCGGCCUCGCCACGUGGUUCAAGCGGCCCGGCCACCACAUCUUCGACAUCUCGCUGCACGGCUUCCCCGUCGGCAUGGUGAAGAGCUGCCGGCGGUACUGGUCGCAGGAGAUCGCCGACUCGAUCGUCCAGCUCACCGGCAUCCGCUUCGAGAACCCGAUGUUCUCGCUGCAAACCGACUUCACCCGCGCCGACUUCUCGAAGAAGCUCGUCGAAAACUUCCGUGUGCCGCAAGCGACGGUCGACGCGUUCUUCGACACGGCCCGUGGGAUGAAUUUUUACGACGACCAGACGACGACCGCGCGCGAGCUGUUCGACAAGUUCUUCCCCGGCCGUGAGGACGUGAUUCGGCUGCUCAUGGAGCCGAUCACGUAUGCGAAUGGUUCAACGCUCGAAGACCCGGCGAUCAGCUACGGCAUCGUCUUCUCGAACUUCAUGUCAAAGGGCGUUUUCACGUUCGAAGGGGGCACCGACAAGCUCAUCACGUCGAUGGAGGCCGAACUGCGGAAGAGCGGCGUCGAUAUCCGCAUCAACGCCGACUGCGAGCAGGUGCAUGUGGACGGCGACAAGGUGACGGGCGUCACCGUCAACGGCCGCCAUAUCAAGUGCGACGCCGUAGUGUCGAACUCAAACCUCAAGGCGACGAUCUUCAAACUCGUCGGCGAGGACAAGUUCUCCGACAGCUUCGUUGAUGAGGCCCGCGCUGUGCGAGUGAACAACUCCAGCACGCAGGUCUACAUCGCGCUGAAGCCCGACGAUCCGCUCGAAGAAUCGACGGGCGACCUCUUGUUCACCUCGACGGCGCCGACGUUCAACACCGAGCAGCUUCUCUCGCGCGACAUUACCAGCCGCACCUACUCGAUGUACUACCCCGGGACGCGUCCCGAGGGCCGGCCGCAAAAGCUGAUCGUCAGCAGCACCAACGCCCGCUGGGAAGACUGGGGCAAUCUGUCCGAGGAAGAGUACCAGGCGAGCAAAGCCGACCUCUGCGAAACGACGCUCGACGCGCUCGACAAGUACGUCCCCGACGUGCGGAACCGGGCCGUCCACGUCGAGGCUUCGACGCCGCGGACGUUCAACCACUACACGCACCACCUCAACGGCGCCAGCUUCGGCACGAAGUUCGAGGGCCUCGCCGUGAGCCGCGCCCUGCCGCAACAGAUCGGCGGCCUGUACCACGCCGGCAGCGUCGGCAUCAUCAUGUCGGGCUGGCUAGGAGCGAUGAACUACGGCGUGAUCGUCGCGAACGAAGUGGACAACCACCUGAUGACCAACAGCAGCCGCAGCACAGCGGGCGCCGAGGCCGAGAUCGCCGCCGACAUGGCGGCAGUUCUGAAACGCCUACAUGUGCUGAUUGACCAAUCAGACGCGGCAUCUGCUGCCAAUGGAUCGUUUGAGUGUGUCACUGCCACUUCAUUGAGGGAGAAGAAGAUUUCGACGAUCCUGUUGGCCACCCUUUCAGAGGAGCUGGGAUGGAAGCGCUCGAACGAAUCGUUACCAAUUCAGACGUGCUGCAAGGCAGCUGUAAGCGAAGCAUCCGCGUUCAUCCGUGUGCAUCUGUGGUUCCUCCCAAUGUCCAAAGAACAAAUCCUCGCCGCCAUCCCUCACCGCGACCCCUUCCUGCUGAUCGACGAGGUCACGGAGCUGGGCGAGGCGCGGAUCGUUUGCCGCAAGACGUUUAGCGGCGACGAGUUCUGGUACCGCGGGCACUACCCCGACUUCCCGAUCACGCCCGGCGUCAUCCUCUGCGAAGCGAGCAUGCAAGCCGGCGCCGUGCUGUUGUCGGGCUUGGUGACCGAUGCCGAGGGCAAGGUCCCCGUCGCGACGCGCGCGAAUAACGUGCAGUUCCGCGACAUGGUCCGCCCCGGCGACACGGUCGAGAUCGAGGUCGAGCUGACCGAACGCCUCGCCGACGCGUUCUUCAUGAAGGCGAAGGUGACGAACGUGACCCGCAGCAAGCUGGCGUGUCGGCUUGCGGUUUUUGCGGCGUUAAUCGCCGGCUCGUGCCUAUCGUCGCUGGCGAUGGCGGAGGACAUGCCGGAAGGCUUCGUGUCGAUCUUUCCCGCGGCGAGCCUCGCGGGCUGGGUCGGGGGGACGACGAUCGACCCGUCGACGAUCACGCCCGAGCAGCAGGCGAAGUGGGACGGCGAGCUCCACGACCACUGGCGCGUCGAGGGGGACGAUCUGGUGAGCGACGGCCACAGCCCGCACCUCGUGACGGCGCGGAAGUACGGCGACUUCGAGCUGCUGGUCGAUUGGAACCUCGCGCCCAACGGCGACAGCGGCGUCUACCUCCGCGACACGCCGCAGGUGCAGCUCUGGGACCCCUGGAAUGAAGCGGCCCACAAGCACGGCGCCCUGAAGGGCUCCGGCGCCCUCUGGAACAACAACGGCCCAGGGAAGUGGCCCCUCGAGCCGGCGGACAAGCCGACCGGCGAGUGGAACACGAUGGCGGUGCGGAUGGUCGGCCCCUACGUGCGGGUCGUGCUCAACGACAAACAGGUCGUCGACGACGCGCCGCUCGAGAAUUACUUCGACCGCGCGGCGCCGGUCUUCGACGAAGGGCGGAUCCACCUCCAAACGCACGGCAGCGAAACCCGCUUCCGCCGCCUGCUAGUGCGCGAGAUCGAGCCCACCGAGGCCGAGUCGCUCAUCGCAGAGAUCGAGUCUCGCCCCAAGUCAACGGUCCUCGUGGCCGGGGUCGCCAACAAGAAGUCCGUCGCCUGGCACAUCGCCCGGCUGCUGACCGAGGCCGACUGCCGCGUCAUCUACUCAGUGCGGAGCGAGAAGCGGCGCGACGAGGUCCAGCGGCUCGUGGGGCCCGACGCCCUGGUGCUGAUCUGCGACGUGGAGCACGAGGAGGAGAUCGAACGCCUCGGCGCCGAGGUGGCGGCCGAGUGCGAGCGGACGGGGCAGAAGCUCACGACCAAGCGGGCCUUCCUGCGGACGUUCUCGAUCAGCUGCUACUCGCUGGUGGCGAUGGCGGGUGCGUUGAAGGAUUCCCUAGCGGAGGACGCCUCGGUCGUGGCGAUCUCGAUCUCGACGACCGAGAUGGCAAGCGAGAACUACGGCUACAUGGCCCCGAUCAAGGCGGCCCUCGACUCGUCGCUGGCCUUCCUGGCCAAGUCGUUCAGCCAGUUCAGCCGGGUGCGGUUCAACGCCGUGGCGCCAGGCUUGCUCAAGACUUCGGCCUCGGCGGGGAUCCCCGGGUACGUCGAUUCGUACCUGUUUGCCGAGAAAGCGACCCUCCGUGAAGAAGCCGUGAAGACCGAAGAGGCCGCCGCGGCGGCGGUUUUCCUGCUCAGCCCGCGGUCUUCGGGCAUGAACGCCCAGCGGCUGGUGGUUGAUGCGGGGAUGCGCACCAACUAUUUCGACUCGGACAUCGUCCGGGCCGUCGUCGAACGGGAAUAG